AUCGAUUCAGUAAAAACUCGUGGUGUCCUCGUACCACUGCUACUAGUUUGGUUCUACACAUUGCACUUUUCAUACCAUUCUCUUUCUCUUCGAAUUUUCUCGGCAAAAUUUUUCCACUUGGACGAUACUAAUGGCUAGGUCUGCAAAAGGGCAUCAAGAUGAAUUGGAGGACGAUGAAGAAGAAGAAUUCCUAACUGCAAACACCUCUACCUCUCUCAACAAAGUGAAGGUGGACGAACCCAGCACGGGGAAGAGAGGGAAUACGCAUCGUUCGAAGCAUUCAGAGACUGAGCAACGUAGAAGGAGCAAGAUUAAUGAAAGGUUUCAAGUUCUGAGAGAUCUCAUUCCUCAAAAUGAUCAAAAAAGAGACAAGGCAUCCUUCUUGUUGGAGGUUAUUGAGUAUAUUCAGUUCCUACAGGACAAGUUACAAAUUUAUGAGAAGUCUUAUGAAGGAUGGAGUCAGGAGCCAACGAAGUUAAUUCCAUGGAGAAAUCCUCACGCACCUGCAGAAAAUACUACAGAUCCUUCUCAAAGUAUACAAAAUGGGUCUGUUGAUGAGAAAAAUAACAGUGCAUCUCCACUGUUUCCCGGAAAUGUACCGAACCCUAUGGAGUCUGACUUCUCAAUGUUGACUGUUCAGAAGGGUCACCUCCCUGGUUCAUCUACAGAAGCAGUUCCCCUCACCAUGCAAAUGCGGUUGGACAUGUUUGAUCCAGUUGUUAGCAGUGGUAUGGCAACCCAACAUCUUCAGGAAUCUGUUUCUAACGUUGACAUGCAUUCACAUACCCAGCCACAACUGUGGCUUGAUAAAUCAAACAAGGGCAACUAUAUUCUUCCACAUGAUAGUACAAUGAAGGAACAGGAGGAGCUAGUGAUUGAAUCUGGAUCAGAUAGCAUUUCUAGUGCCUAUUCUCAGGGAAUUUUAGAUACUCUCACGCAAGUGCUGCAGUCUUCCGGGGUAGACAUGUCCCAGACUAAUCUCUCGGUGCAAAUUGAUGUUGGUAGACGAGCAAAUGCCGGAUUGGUCCCCUCUGCAUAUAGUUCAAAGGUUCAUGAAAAUCAAUUUGAGAGCAAUGCAGCAAUUUCAGUUUCCGGAUUUGAUUACUGCAAUAUUGAAUCCGAACAAAGUUCAAAGAGGCUCAGACAAGAAGCAAGCUAGAGAUCCCUCUCAUGCUUAUUUUGUCAUGAGUUUCAUUAUUUUUUUUUGUCCUCGGAUGAGAGAAAAAGAGGAAUUGGGUGGAUCAGUUCAUUUUUGCCUUGCUGGUUAGAGCCAGAUAAAAUGUAUAUUUAACGAUACUGGUUUUGGUACUAAGACAUUCAGAAAUAAAAUGUCACCUAUGUUUGUGCUUC